UAGACUUUGCCUUGCUAGCGAUGGUAUCUAGUGUCAUCAAAUUCAGGGUUUGCAAUUUUGAAAAUCGUCGUCACUGCUGAAUGUAUCAACAGUCCGGUUACGGCUCGAUAGUAAAUCGUAGAUUCAAGAAGUUUCGUCGAAAGCUUGCUACGUUAACGUCGUUGUUUUUUCCCCCAUCUCACCUUAGCUAACUCGUUAGCCGACGUAGCGUUGUUUGCAAAAGACAACAAGCCAGAUAGCUCGCUCGUUUAGUCUGAUAGCUUAGCUUUAGUCACCCUGUCUAUUAUUUAGCUCGCUGGUUUGUUUGAAAGCUGCAUUUUCCCCCCCGAAUCGACGUGAAACACCAGAGAGCUUGUUUUAAAUGGGGAGUGUUAGCUAGAUUAUAGCCGUUCUCUAUGAAGGACUGGCAACUUUAAGAGGGAGAAGAAACUGUAAAUGGAUGUUUGGUAUUAGAAACAUCAUCAGCUAUAGCUAGCAGGUCGCUAGACUGUUGUCAACAAUGGGUUUUAAAAGGUCUUUAAAGAGGGUGAGGAUACUGUCUUUUUCGGCCAUUCUCUUGAUAUGCUUCGUCAAAGGAACAACAGCGGAUGAGGAGCUAUAUGGAAAUGAUGUUCCAGACUUAAAGUCUUAUCAUGACCCAGACUCUGAGGAGGAGGAGGUCCCUGUUGGAUCAAGAGUUGUGGCCAGUGCCACGAUGACCUCUGUUAGGGAGGCCUCCCAUACAGGAGAGGAGAGACAGUCAGUGAGUGGGCUCCAAGACAAUGGAGUAGAGGGGGAGAAGGAGGAUUUGCCCGAACAGCCUCCUCCUAUUGAGAAGUCUAAAGAAGUUCCUGUGGUGAAUGGAGGGACAGCAGCCAAUGGAGAGCCCUGUCUCUUCCCCUUCCUUUUCCAGGGGAAGGAAUACUCGGACUGUACCACUGAUGGAAGGAGGGAUGGACGACUCUGGUGUGCCACCUCCUAUGAUUAUGACCAGGAAAGGAAAUGGGGCUUCUGUGAGACUGAUGAACAGGCCAAGCAGAGACACCAAGCAGAGGAGGCUGAGGAGCAUUAUCAAGAUGUACUUCAAAUGUAUCAAAAUGCACUUCACACCACUAGGAAGAGCCAGAGAAAAGAGCUGUAUGAAAAAUUGCUGAAGGUGGCAGAGAUAGGCCACCACAAAGCAAUGGAGAAGGUAGCCUAUGCCAUGCUGUUUGGAGACUUCAUGAGCCAGAACGUCCCCAGAGCCAAGCUGCUGUUUGAGAAGCUUGCCGUGGAAGGAUCUCCCAAAGCUCAGACAGCACUUGGUUUUCUCUAUGCUGCUGGGCUUGGAGUGAACUCGAGUCAAGCCAAGGCCUUGGUUUAUUACACCUUUGGCGCAUUGGGUGGCAACUUGGUAGCUCACAUGAUUCUGGGAUAUAGAUAUUGGGGAGGUGUGGGGGUGCCCCAGAGUUGUGAGUCAGCACUAACACACUACAGACUUGUGGCAAAUCAGGUGGCCAGUGAUGUUUCCCUGACAGGGGGCAGUGCAGUGCAGAGGAUCAGGUUGCUGGAUGAGGUGGAGAACCCUGGCUCCACCAGUGGGAUGCUAGAGGAAGACCUAAUCCAGUACUACCAGUUCCUGGCUGAGAAAGGAGAUGUCCAAGCACAGCUGGGACUAGGCCAAUUACAUCUACAUGGAGGAAGAGGAGUGGAACAGAAUCACCAGAGAGCUUAUGAUUAUUUUAACCAGGCUGCUAAUGCAGGGAAUACACAUGCUAUGGCCUUUCUAGGCAAGAUGUACUCGGAGGGCAGUGAGUCUGUCCCACAGAACAACGAGACUGCCCUGCAGUACUUCAAGAAGGCCUCUGACUUGGGGAAUCCAGUUGGGCAGAGUGGCCUGGGAAUGGCCUACCUGUAUGGAAGGGGUGUCCCAGUGAAUUAUGAACUUGCAUUGAAGUACUUCCAGAAGGCAGCAGAACAGGGCUGGGUGGAUGGACAGCUUCAGCUGGGCACUAUGUAUUAUAAUGGCAUUGGGGUGAAGCGGGACUACAAGCAGGCGCUCAAGUAUUUCAACCUGGCUUCCCAGGCAGGCCACAUCCUGGCUUUCUACAACCUGGCCCAGAUGCACGCUACUGGCACCGGUGUCAUGCGCUCCUGCCAUACUGCAGUAGAGCUUUUCAAGAAUGUAUGUGAACGUGGACGCUGGUCAGAGCGCCUGAUGACGGCCUAUGGCAGCUUUAAGGAGGGUGAGAUGGAUGCAGCUCUAGUCCAGUACCUGCUACUGGCUGAGCAGGGCUACGAGGUGGCCCAGAGUAACGUGGCCUUCCUUCUGGACCAGACAGAAGGAUCGAAGAUCUUCAGUGACAAUGAGACCUAUCCCAGGGCCUUGCUCCACUGGACCAGAGCAGCAGCACAAGGUUACACUGUGGCUCGAAUAAAACUAGGGGACUACCACUUCUACGGCUAUGGAACAGAUGUGGACUAUGAGACUGCUGUCAUCCACUACAGACUGGCAUCAGAGCAACAGCACAGUGCUCAGGCCAUGUUCAACUUGGGCUAUAUGCACGAGAAAGGGCUAGGCAUCAAACAGGACAUCCAUCUUGCCAAACGUUUCUAUGACAUGGCAGCUGAGGCUAGUCCUGAUGCCCAGGUCCCAGUCUUCCUGGCCCUGUGUAAACUUGGCCUGUUUUAUGCUCUGCAGUACCUGCAGGACCUUAAUGUGAAAGAGCUGAUCACCCAGGUGGACCUUGACCAGCUUCUAGGCCCAGAGUGGGACCUCUACCUCAUGACUGUCAUUGCCCUGUUACUGGGCACUGUCAUUGCCUAUCGACAGCGCCAGCACCAAAUCGUGGUGCCCCCUCGUCCACCAGUCCCUGCCCCACCACCUCCUGCCAGACCACCCCAAGAACAGCCAGAAGCCCAAGUCGAACCCCAGGCUGUAGGAGACACACAGGAAGAGGCCCAGGCUGAACCAGAGCAACAGUGAGAGACGGUCAGAUGGAGUGUGGGCAGGAAAAGACGGAGAGAGAGCAGUUUUGUACAGAGGGCUCUUCAAGCCUUCUCCAAGGAGUAGAUAAUGCCAACUAGCCAGCUACCUGCUAGCAUGAGCACAGCUCCACACUCUCCCUGCUACCUGCCGCAUGCUAAAAGAGACUAAGAAGGCUACUGAGCAGCUUGGUGUCAGUAUUUGUUCUCCAUUCAAAUAUGUCCCCCAUGCUUAGGCAAGUCAAUGGGGAUAUUUGUUGACAACGCUAUGGAACAGAUACUGUCCAAAGGAAAAUACAGACUUGGAACUCAUUAGUUUGUGACUCAGGGUAUUGCCAGAGGCACCUUUCUCUUCUCCAUGGAAUUAGCCGCAGGGUUGCCAUGUUGAAGGUACUUUUGGACUUGUCUAAUCAGCAAAAGAAAUUAUAGGGUAAUUGGAAUCAAAUAUGCCAGUUUAUUUCCUCUAACUCUCCCAUUUUCUUAAGGGAUUUAAAAUUCAAUUUAACUGGUUUAGUCUAUUUUGUUGCUCUGCAUUUAGGGGGGAAAAACAGGACAGUGUUAAAGAAAAACCGGUAACACUUUCUAUGAAGCUUGCAUCUAUAAUGCCCUAUAAGCAUCUAUUGCACCUAUAACGCCCAUACUUUCCUAUAAUGUGUAUUACAGUGACUAACGUCUAUGGCUUAAGACUGAAAUAGCACUGAAGUCUCAUUAUGCAUCUCUACAAAACUUCAGCAAAACAAGUUGGAUAUGAUGCAUUAUGACAUUUGACAGAUAAACAGGCUAAUGAUGACAUUUAUAAUGCAUAAAUCCAUUUUAAAUUGACAUAAUUUAUCAUAAAGGUGGUUAUGAGGUGUUGUGAGGGCAUAUACAUGGUUAUAAUGAAUCUUACAAUGGCUUAUAGCUACACUUAUAGGGCGUUAUAGAUGCUGAUAGGGCGUUAUAGAUGCAAGCUUCAUAGAAAGUGUUACUGAAAAAUCUACAAAGUUUUGUUCCCGCAGUCUUUCAGUUGCUGAAGGAACAGUAGUGUUUUUUUUAUUUAUUUUUUUCUCUCAUGCAUGUGUUUUUGCAUUUUAAAAACAUGACUUAUUUUCGAGCAUCAGUUUGGCAUUUCUAUAGGGUGUUAUAAGUGAGCAAGCUUUUGGAAACCUUUACUUUAUUUAGUGACCUAUUUGUCAGCAACAUUUGUCAGCAUGUCGACUUUCCUGAAGUAAAGCUUAACAGUUUGUGCACACCCUGCCCCGCUCCCUAUUCAAAUGUCACUGUAGUUCUAAUACUAGCAAUAGUAGCGCUGCUCAUUGGAGCAAGCAAAGACAAGCUAUCACCCUUAGUUCAUGUCAUGGAGUACAUCAACAAGAAACCUCCCAUUAGUCUUUAAUAGACGACUGUAUCACUGAUGAGACUGUACUCAACGCCUUGUCAGGAUGCUCAGUGGUGAUUCAUGCUUGUGUGAGAUAAACAAGUUGGAACACAUGUUUAGUUUUGAUGUUUCCUAUUUAAUGUGAGUGACGUGGCUUGAGAGAACAAAAAUGUCCCGACUCACCUAAACUGGUCUCAGUUAUGUCUUGGUGCCACUGCCCUUCUAAAAAAGCCUCAAUGACCAAUCCUCCACAGUCCAAACUUUGUAGAUGAUGGCAGAGCACGCAUGCUUUUAUUGAUUCCUUUUUAAAAAGCCGAGUAGCCCAUACAAUCCAGUGUGGCAGAAGAAGCGUUACUAUCUGUACAACAUCAUCGACCUUGUGAACCGUGAUUGGUGUUAGUUACACAGGUUUUGAACUUCUUGUCUUGUUUGGUUUUUACAAAACACUUUGAUUGCUGUCUCCCAUAGCACACCCACCUGCCCCCCCUCCCCCCGUCUAAUAAGCCUGUUGUUGGCUAAAGCAGAAACAUCUGAUUGACAGAUCUUAACGAUGACAACUUGAACAUUGAUGCACCAUUAGCGAAAAGUGGAAGAGAUUUCUUUUGUGGUUGCUUACACAACUUCAACCGUGGCUGCAAAUUUCAACUUGAAGUGAGGAAACGAUCUAGCCACGGCUAGACCAUAGUAUAAGUAUUAAAACAAAAUCAGUUGUACGAUCUGUUUUUUUUUUGGUUAUCAUUCUGUAUUGGAUUUUGCGCAUAAGUUCAUUUCAUUCAGCUUUAUAAUGGGAGCUUUCUGCCUGAUAUAUGGAGGACGAUUUUUGUUUGUCUGGCAAUACACCCAAACGUGUAUGAAGUCUGUAUAGGAGAGUAGAAUGUUAACGAGAUGGUGAAAAUAACUUGAACCUGUAAUGAUGUCCCCUGUAUUUACUUCAUGGAAAACAAAAAACUCAGUAGCGUUGCUAUCUCACACAGAAAGAAGCAAUUUUGUUUCCCAAAUGAAACACUGGUUGAAGUUUGUCUAAAAGACUGCAUUUUUACCAUCACAGUGACAAAUUUCUAAUGAAAUUAAUAAAUGAUAUAAAUA